AUGAAGUGGCUGGAUGUGGCCCUCAGGGAGUACUUGCCGGCCGUUCAAGAAGGCUCUCAAGGAUUGGACUUCGGCAAACAAUUCAUGCAAGAAGUGGAGGAGGCCCUGGAGCUGCUGGACAGGGAGUUGGUGCUGCGGGCGGCCUCGGAGAGCCACCAGCGCCUCGCGCUGCAGCACGCUGCUGCGGCUGCGGGCAUUCGGCCGGGCACGCCGGGGCAGUGA